UUUUACAAUAUAACUUAUGUUAAAUUAAUUAUUGGAUUUUUUAUUUAAAUGAAUAAUAAUUCGUAACUUUUGUUGUAAAAUAAAUAUGAGUUUUCUUCCUAGUUGUCGUUUUAAAACCGUACUAAAACUUGGUCAUAACCUCCAGAUCUUUGAUAUGGCUUGAUUGUUGUCAUUUAUCUAUUUUAAAUCUUCUAUUUUAAUGUUUCCGUGUAUCACAUCCACUUAUAAUUUUAAUACAGCUUUGUUGUAACAAUAAAUUCUUAUCUAAUUUUAAUUGUUUGUUUAUUUCACGUAGUAAAAUGAACGAUAAGGAUGUAGAAACUCUAAUUCAAAACCCUCCUGAAAAUACGGAGUUCUCCAAACAUGAAACUGAGAAUUCUAAAAAUGUGGAAUCUUCCCCAAAGUUUGAUCCAAAGAUGAGCUCCAGGGAGAUGAGAAAGAUAAAAUAUUACGAGGAUAGGUUCGCAAGGAUGGAAGAUGAAAAUAAGACGAGCUCCUCAUCUUUAAAUAUGGAAUCUGGCCCGAGUGUUCAUAAAACAAGAACCAGAGUGCAUGAUAAAAGACGUUCAAUGGAUCAAAAAUCGUACCGUCUAUCAUCAAUGGAUGGAUAUAGGCAUGAUGCCGCAGAUUCAACAUACACAAGAACUGGAUCUAGACCUGGUAGGAAGCCAGGUAGUAAAAGGACGGCUACUUCAACCAGCUUGAACUAUUCAAAUAAUUCAAAGUAUGAUGCAGUGUCAACUGACGUGAGAGCGACAGAUAAAAAAACUCUCCUGGAAAAUAGGAGGUUGAUGAGAGUUCAAUCAAUGCCUACAGUGACAAAGAAGAUUAGGGUUGUGGAAAAUCACUCUACACCUGAUAAGGCUGCUCCUGAAACUCCAACACAUACCAGAAGAAAUAGGGUUACCAGAUGGGAUGUUAAAUAUGUAACAAAGUCUUCUGAAGAACCGCAACCUACAAUUGAACCUCCUCAUGAACCACCUCAUGUCACCAAGGAGGAAGUUGUUGAAUCGGAUGUCCCAAAAGAAGAGCAAGUUGUGACAGAGCUUCCUGAAGAUGCUCUGAAGCCAUCUCUAGUUCAACCCGUGAAUAGCGAAGAAUCCUUGAAAGAGAUGAGUGAACGUGAUAUUAUAACACCAGUGAGUGACUUGACUGAUUUCUCAUUCGACCAUGACACCAAAGACCUUCCAUUAGAUGUGGACGAGUUUCUUAACGAAGAUGAUGAGCAAGCUCAAUUACCAAAAGUCGAGGAACUCACUGAAGCCAUUCCCGAGCCCGUUCCUGAACCAUUAGAACCCGUGAAACCUGAACCUGAGUACGUUCAGUAUGAAUAUGAAGAGCCGGUAAUUCAGGUUCCAGUAAAGAAGAAAUCAAACAGGGGGAGAAAAGCUAAGAAUAGGAGAGGGCCAGCCCCAGCAGCCCGCAUACCAGAACAACCAUCAGAUCCCGACAAAUCGCUUUUAGAUGACCUAACUCCAGCCGCUGCAUCCAUUGACUAUCAACAAGAAAUCGUCGAUGAGGUUAAACCACCAGUGAGAAGGGCCAAAUCGCAUAGAACUAGAAGAAAAAGGCAAGAAUACUACGAACCAGAACGGCCGGUGGUGUCGAGGGGGAAACACGCAAAAUCGAGAUCGCAUAAGGGCCAUGCGGGAGCCUCAGAAAAACACGACAAAUCGUAUAGUCACUCUAAAAGCGGAGAACUUGGGGACGAAAGGUUCAUAAGCAUUGAUAAGCUCCGCAUGAUCACAGUAGAGGAGGCUGAGAAGAUGAUUAACCCAUGCAAAAAAAACGAUAAAGAUAUGGAAAACUUGAAAAAUGCCAUCAGAAGCCUUGGGUUAACUGAAUCUGAGUCUUUAGAUCAUGAAAACGAAUCUCCUAAGAGAAAUCGAUUCCUUCUCGACCCAUCAAACAUUGUAGCUCCAUGUGUUCCCCUUGAGCAAGAGAAAGUGGAGGUGGAAAUCCCCGACGAUCCACUCAAACUCUCUUUCAAAUAUCGUCUAUUUCACAGUCUCAAUAGGCUUUAAAAUAUCGUUUAACAUAAAAAUAUAUUUUAGUAAUA